AGUGUGGGGGUUGGGAGAGCCGUUAGAUGCGACCGGGGCGUCUUUCCCGCGCCUGAGUUGUUGUCGCGGUGGCGGUUGUCAUGGCAGCGGCGGCCGGGCCCGGAGGAGGCGACCCGGCCUCCGCUGCGGACGAAGGCGGAGGGGCCAGGGGGAGCCCCCCCGGUUCGGACUCACGACGCCUGGGGCCGGGGGGGCGAGAGGAAGAGGAGGCGCCGAGGCAAGGCAGCGCGGGAGGCCUGGGCCACCAUAGCCGCCUGUCCUCGUCGCCGCCCUCUCGAGAGGCUGAAGUCACCGUGGAGAUCGGAGAGACCUACCUGUGUCGGCGAGGGGACGGGACGUGGCAUUCUGCAGAGGUGAUUCAGUCUCGGCUCAACGAACAAGAAGCCAGAGAGGAAUUUUAUGUUCACUAUGUAGGAUUCAACCGGCGUCUGGAUGAGUGGGUGGAUAAGAACCGGCUGGCCCUCACCAAGACAGUCAAGGAUGCUGUGCAGAAGAACACCGAUCAAUACAUGAAUGAGCUUUCGGAGCAGCCCGAGCGCAAGAUCACACGCAAUCAGAAGCGCAAGCAUGAUGAAAUCAACCAUGUCCAAAAGACAUAUGCCGAGAUGGAUCCUACCACAGCAGCUUUGGAGAAGGAACAUGAGGCGAUCACCAAAGUGAAAUAUGUGGACAAAAUCCAUAUCGGGAACUAUGAGAUUGACGCUUGGUAUUUCUCACCAUUCCCAGAAGACUACGGGAAGCAGCCCAAGCUGUGGAUCUGCGAAUACUGCCUCAAGUAUAUGAAGUUUGAGAAGACUUACCGCUAUCACCUUGGCCAAUGUCAAUGGCGGCAACCCCCAGGGAAAGAAAUCUACCGCAAAAACAACAUCUCGGUAUAUGAGGUGGAUGGGAAAGAUCACAAGAUUUAUUGCCAGAAUUUGUGUCUUUUGGCCAAACUGUUCCUGGAUCAUAAGACCCUCUACUUUGACGUGGAGCCCUUUGUCUUCUAUAUCCUUACUGAGGUGGACAGGCAAGGAGCGCAUAUUGUUGGCUACUUUUCCAAGGAGAAGGAAUCUCCAGAUGGAAAUAAUGUAGCUUGUAUCCUAACCUUGCCCCCUUACCAGAGACGGGGUUAUGGGAAAUUCCUCAUUGCAUUCAGCUAUGAGCUUUCCAAACUUGAAAGUACAGUGGGAUCCCCUGAAAAGCCCCUUUCGGACCUCGGCAAGCUGAGCUACCGUAGCUAUUGGUCAUGGGUAUUACUAGAGAUCCUUCGGGAUUUCCGAGGCACUCUUUCCAUCAAGGAUCUCAGCCAGAUGACGAGCAUCACGCAGAACGACAUCAUCAGCACCUUGCAGUCCCUGAACAUGGUUAAGUAUUGGAAGGGGCAGCACGUCAUCUGCGUCACUCCCAAGUUGGUGGAGGAGCAUCUCAAAAGUGCUCAGUAUAAGAAGCCGCCAAUCACAGUGGAUUCUCUCUGCCUGAGAUGGGCACCUCCUAAACACAAGCAAGCCAAGAUUUCCAAGAAGUGAAGGAAAAACUGACUUGAAAAACUGAAAGGGUUUGGCUCUACAUCUGCUUUUUUAUUUUAGAAGAUGUCCAGUAAUUUAGCAUUGCUGCCAGUCUUGUACAGAAAGGGUACAUACAUGGAACAGUUGGUUUGGGGUUAUGAGAAAUACCUGAAAACAGGUGAUUUUUUGAGUUUGCAGCAAUUCUGCCCAGGUUAGUUCAUUUGAAUGAAGAGCUACUUAUUUAUCCUCUUUUUUUUCCCUAUGUUGCUCAAUAUAGAACCGUUUUUCUUUCUUUCUUGCCAAACCUGAUGUCUUCUCUAAAAUAGAACUGGUAUCCUCAUUCUUAUCAUAAAAGGAGCAGAUAAA